GAAAAUUAUAAAAUAAAAUCGUAUCAUAAAUCCUAUAAAUUCGUAGUCGCUGACAAAACCCUUUCUUGGGCUCUUUGUUUCUUCGUGCCCAGUAAGCAAACAAGAAUGUCUGCGACGACCCCGUCAAAGUCGCCAUCCUCCUCAGAUCUUCUCAAGCAGGUGAGAAGUCAUGAGGUUGCUAUAGCUGAGCUCAAUAAUCUUUCUUCCACUCGGGCUGUCUACCAAAGAAAUGGGAAUCUAUUUUUCCGAACAACUGUUCAGAAAGCAACAGCACUUGAACAGAAACAAUUGGCUGCUGCCAAAGCUAAGCUGCAAAAGCUGACUUCAUCUUGAUCGCCACCACCAUUUCCAGGAUGACUCAGGUUCUGGUGCAAUGUUCAGAUGGAGAGGUGCUGUAUAAUAAACUUCCCUACAACCAAUUCAAGAUUGAUGUAUCUCCCAACAUUUGAACUGUUUUCAACACACCAUUCCAGCUAUCUGUGUCUAGUAUUAGCUGUAUUAUGAACAUCAGGGAUUUUUAACAGUGAUCAUAUGAAUGCCAAAAUGUUCAAGUACUCUGUUAGUGCCGUCACUUGAGUGAUUAUGUCUACCGUAUUUGUAAUAUGAUCUCAGGGGGUUUUCAGCUAUGGUGAACCGAGUACUUAAAUUAGUGCAAGAAUUUUAUUUGGAUCAUUACA